CUUUGUAACAUAUUCUUAAAUCACCACGGAAAGCAAUCAUGGAGUCUGCAACACAGUGGUACCUGGACAAAGAUGGCGACCCUCAUGCCUUCUUGGCGAGGGACGCUUUUCAGGCUGCGCUGGCUAUUUUCACCCAAGAAAUGACCAACGAUACCCUCAAAAGGGACUUCAUCAACAACUCGGCAGGCCUCGAAGACGUCCAACGUCUUGUCCGACAAGCGCAAUCGGACUACGAGAACAAGCCAAAGAAUCGAAAAGUCCAAAAAUGGUUACACAAGAUCGGUCUGCGGAUACAGUUCUACGGCAAUGUUCUGGACAUUUUUAUUCAGCACAACCCUGAAUAUGUCGCGCUAGCCUGGGGAGCCUUCCGACUACUCUUUACCGUGGUUCUCAAUAAUGCAAAGCUACUUGCCACCCUGUCCAAAGCUCUUUGUCAGAUCGCCGACUCUCUGCCUCGUGUGGAACUUGCUACCAUCCUGUAUCCAACGCCUAGAAUGAAAGAGGCUGUGGUCCAGCUCUACGCUCACAUUAUAAACUUUCUUAUCAGGUCCAAGUCCUGGUACGACGAGAGUAAGCUGCAACGCAUGGUUAAUGCCAUCACACGGCCAGCAGAGCUCCGAUACGACGACAUAAUUCAAGAUAUUGAACGAUGUAAGGCGGUCAUCGAUUGCCUUUCUACGGCUGGCGCGAGAGCGGAGCAGCGGGACAUGCACCUGAAAAUACAGGAGCUCGGCGCCAGCCAGGCAAAAGUUGAAGGCGUCGUGAAUGAGAUCAGACGGAUGUGUAUAGAAACCCAAACCCUGAACACGAACGCCUUUCUGGAUACGAACCAGAGGCUUACCGACCUUCAAUUAAACAGCAUCAUGACCAGCCUGUCCAGAGGAUCACCUCAGUACGACCCUCUGAAGACACUUAGCCUUUGCCAAGACUAUCAGACGAAGAUCCAGGCCCGAACGCGUGCUCGCAUAACGCCCAUUUCCAUCGUCGCCAGGCACCCUAAAUUCCGAGCCUGGCAAUCCGGGCAGGACUCGGCUCUUCUCAUGAUCAAAGGCGACUCUCGAUCGCAAGACUUUGUGCUGACAGCGACCACACAAGCGGUCAGAGCGCUGCGCGAGCACCAGAUUCCGGUCGUGUGGGUUCUCAAGCCACCUCCACGCACGGCCGGCAAAGGUGGCGGCCGGGGCAGCCGGGAUGAUUCAGGGAUGAGCACCGUGGAGCUACUUCGGAACCUGGUCUACCAGAUUCUUCGAAUCAACCUCGCGCUGCAUACAGAGAAGUCUCUCUCCCUCGCAUGCUCGCGCUUCGACGCCGCAGAAACACCGGCGCAGUGGUUCGAUCUCCUCGCAUCCAUUACAACAGCGCUGCCUGCACUAUACAUCGUCAUCAAUAUCGAGGCAAUCAACACACGUUAUAUUCACAGCAACAAUGGCUUCUCGUGGUUGGCCUCCUUCUUGGGACUACUGGGUUGCCUCGAAGAGAGACAAAACGCGCCAGCUUUACCGCCAACUCGACCAGGUCCUCAAGUAGCAACAAACCUAAAGGUUCUGCUGGUAAGUCAUGGUUCAGCAACGGUGCAAGAGCAAGGUAACCUUGCGGCCUUCAAUCAGUUCGUAUUGGGUACAAGGCAACUCGGUAGCGGUAGGCUAUAGUCUCGGAGUCUUUUGACUGAUGAUCGAAGUUGCGUGCCCCUUGUAAACCCAAUCGUAUGCUACAGAAAUCAUCGAUGUAUAUUGAAAGUGCCUUUCGCCUUACGCCGGGCUCUUGAUGUCUGAACUGUCGAGGAACGGUCGCAUCAUGAGCUAAACUCAGAACUGGGGUGUUUGGUUGUGCUGCCUUAUGAUACCACCUAGCCUGGCAACAACUGAAUAACAGCAGAAACCUCCGUGUUCUCAAC